AUGAACGGCCUCCCACGACUAUGUUCACGCCUAAUACGCAAAGCUCCGGCCUCAGCUUGGGCAUGUUCAUCAUGUUCCAAUGCCAGCCAAAGAUAUGCCGCUCAUGCCUUUAAACCAUCGACGAGGGGAAUCUCCAACAGCUCGAAACCCAGACAGAAUGCCCCCCCUACCAUGGAGGAAUUGCGGGCUCCAUUCAAAAAGAAGAACGCAACCACUCUGUUCUAUGCCCUCAGCAUUAUAUUAGGAACCGUUGCCUUUUCGUACGGCUCUGUGCCAAUGUACAAGAUGAUAUGCCAAACAACGGGCUUUGGAGGACAGCCAAUCAAAGCACAUGGUGGCGGCGUCGAAGGAGAGGAUAUAUCUGCCCGUCUCAAGCCGGUCACUGGCGCGAAGCGCAUUCGAAUCACCUUCAAUGGCUCCGUCUCCGAUGUCCUGCCUUGGAAGUUCGUGCCUCAGCAACGAGAAGUCAAAGUUCUACCGGGCGAAACAGCAUUAGCAUUCUACACUGCCACGAAUAAAUCGGACGAGGAUAUCAUUGGGGUUGCGACGUAUAGUGUGACACCUGGGCAGGUUGCUCCAUAUUUCUCCAAGAUCCAAUGUUUCUGUUUUGAGGAGCAGAGAUUGAAUGCCGGUGAAACGGUCGAUAUGCCAGUGUUCUUCUAUAUCGACCCAGAUUUUGUCAACGACCCCAAUAUGAGGGGUAUUGAACAGGUUACUUUGAGUUAUACCUUCUUUAAGGCAAGAUAUGAUAAGAAAGGGCAUUUGAGACCGGUGCCACAAGGAAUGUAA